UGCAAAUCAAGCGCUCCCUCUCUCCAGUCCAGUCUCCUGGAUAAAACCACCCCACUUCCCAGUUAAACUACUACAUUUCAGCAACUUUUAUUGGUAGCGGCAUUUCUGCGGCGCCCAUAGACUUUCAUAGACUUUUGUUAUUAUCACUGUGAUGAGGAUUUUUCCGCCUUUGCUCCGUAGCACCGCUUCUUGCCGCUGGAUGUGUGAGGUCCUGACGCUCCUGGCGGUGCGUCUGAAAAGGUGAGGAUGCUGUGGUGAGCUCCUCCAGGAGGGAAGAAGGAAAAGCCCGCUCUCCUUUUUCUUUCUUUUCUUUCAGACUGUUCUGGAGAUUAUCACAAGUUUAAGUUCUUUUACUGGCACUGCAGGAAACUGGAGGCUGCUGGUCUGGAGCUGGAACACAUCUGGAGAAAGUGCAUCAGCUUCAGGGGAGUAACGGGAGGUUUCUUCUGCCUCUAACUGUAUCUUCAUUCCCAUUACCAUGAGUUGGAGUUUCCUGACUCGUCUGCUGGAGGAAAUCCAUAAUCAUUCCACGUUUGUGGGCAAGAUCUGGCUCACCGUCCUCAUCGUUUUCCGCAUCGUGUUAACAGCUGUAGGAGGUGAAUCCAUCUACUACGAUGAGCAAAGCAAGUUCGUAUGCAACACGGCCCAGCCCGGGUGCGAGAACGUCUGCUAUGACGCGUUCGCUCCGCUCUCACACGUCCGCUUUUGGGUUUUUCAAAUCAUCCUGGUGGCCACGCCGUCCCUCAUGUACCUGGGCUACGCUGUAAACAAGAUUGCAAGAGCGGAUGAGCGGACAGACAGCGGAGCGGGACAGAGGUUUUUGCGGAGGAAACCCAAAAAGCACUAUGUUGUUGACAGAAAGCAGCACAGGGGCACUGAGGAGGUGGAGGAUGACCAAGAGGAGGACCCCAUGAUUUAUGAAGUAGCAGAGGCUGAAAGUGAAGGUGCAGGAGCAGUGAAAGGCAGCAGUGGUGACGGACAAGUACAGGUUAAGGUGCGGCAUGAUGGUCGCCAACGUAUCAGAGCGGAUGGACUCAUGCGGAUUUAUGUGCUUCAGCUCUUGGCGCGCUUCUUGCUGGAGUUGGCCUUCCUGUGUGGACAGUAUGCCCUGUAUGGACUCGCAGUGCCUGCCUCCUACGUGUGUUCAGACCAGCCCUGCCCUAACAGCGUCAACUGCUUUGUGUCCCGACCCACGGAGAAAACCAUCUUCCUUCUCAUCAUGUACACAGUCUCCCUGCUCUGUCUGGCACUCAAUAUAUGGGAGAUGCUUCACCUGGGCAUAGGUACCAUCUGUGAAAUUGUCCGCUCCCAUCACAUGCAGCUUCCUGAUGAUGAGCUGUAUGGCCUGAUGCAGGGGCAAGUUGUUCCUAACGAUGAAAAGUUGAGGAGAGAAGAUUACAGCAGCUACGAGUUUUCCUGGGAUGCGCCAUCAGCUCCUCCAGGAUACAAUAUAGCCAUCAAACCUCUUCUGCUCUCUCCAGCGAACCAAGCCAAACCUCUACCCAUCACUGAUCUCUCUAAUGCCAAGAUGGCAUGUCGGCAGAACCACGUGAACAUCGCUCAGGAAGAGCGUCAGCAGUACGCUAAUAAUGAAGACAACUUAAGCAGGGCGGAGAGCGGAGACGCUCCCAGGCGGGUCCGUAAGGACGUCCGUCAGCCUCAGAGCAAGUUGGAAGGUGACAGUCAAGCCUACAACCAGCUGCAGAGCCACAGUAAUAACCACAGCAAGCCGCACCGUGAACGUAAACACCGGCUGGCCUCCAGACACGCUUCGAGCAAAGCCGAGGCCGACGGAAGCAGCAGCAGCGGCAAAUACGGAGUGAUAAAGAGCUCAGAGUGGAUUUAAAGCGCAAACCGUGACAUUUCUAUAAACCCCCAGACAGCCACAGCAUUUAUGCAGUUUCUUUGUAAAAGGUGGAACGAUCGGCCACUUAUUUUUUUGUAUACGCAAAAGCAGGGUGAAAAAUACCGGGUGAAAAUUUGCACCAGAGCUGCUGAUAAAAGAAAUAAAUUCUUUUGCAAAAAAAAUAAAAUACUCUCACAUUUGUUCAGAUUUAUUUUAAACAUUUAUAUGAUUAGUUAGUUGUUGUUCUUCUUUACAUUUUGUGUUGGCCAUUGCUUUUUUACUUGGCUGUGAGGAAACAGUGUAGAAUAACCGAUUAUGGGAGUGCAUUUAUUGUUUUCCAUGUAGCUAUAGCAAGGCCUUGUUCAACCUUUAGGUGCCUCCUUUCUAAAUAGCUGCUUUACACUUUGUACUCUGUGCUUGUGUUCAAGUGUUGAAGUAAACUGUUUUCUACAUAAUUUGCUCAACACCAGGGUCUGUAUGGAUGCUAUGUUUUUUUGGUUGUUAAAACCUAGAGAUUUAUUUCUUAUUGCUCAGAAUUGUUUAGUUUUACUAAUCCAGGUAUAAUGUAAACAUCAUAGAAAAGCUAUGGAUUGUUUUCCUAUAGGAGACUUUAAAAUAUAACUUUAAAUAACUUAACUCUGUUGAUCACACUGUUGUGACUAUUGUGACUAUUUUACAAGCUGUUGUUGUUAGACUGUAUGAUUUCAGGUUCAUGCUACUGUACAAAGUUUUCAUUUUUACUAUCAUUAUCCUGGUAGUUGUCAAAACAGAAGCAGUACAAUGAGUUUGUGGUUUUUCCUAGGGCUUGUAUGAAAAUUGAUUCUCAUUCUCAAUCUUUUUCACUGAGCCGGUGUUUCAUCCUGUGAAUAAUAUUUGUUACCAAAAGAGCAUGAUUUUAAUAAAGUUUGUACAAUUUUGUUGGUGUGGCACAUUAUACAACAUCAG